AUCACGUCUGCGCAGGCAGAGCUCCCUGCAGCUUCCCCCUGGGAAGGUCUGUCGAGACAAAGCCACCAACCCUUGCAACCGCCAGGAGGACUGGGAGUACAUCAUGGGCUUUUGUGAUCAGAUCAACAAAGAGCUCGAAGGGCCACAGAUCGCUGUCCGCCUGCUGGCCCAUAAGAUCCAGUCUCCUCAGGAAUGGGAGGCGGUCCAGGCCCUGACGGUGCUGGAGGCCUGCAUGAAGAACUGCGGGCGGCGGUUUCACAACGAAGUGGGGAAGUUCCGCUUCUUGAACGAGUUGAUCAAAGUCGUCUCGCCAAAGUACCUGGGGGACAGAGUGUCUGAGAAGGUGAAGACCAAGGUUAUCGAGCUGCUGUACAGCUGGACGCUGGCCCUGCCGGAGGAGUCGAAGAUCAAGGACGCCUACCACAUGCUGAAGAGACAGGGCAUAGUGCACGCCGACCCGCCCAUCCCCGUGGACCGGACACUGAUCCCAUCGCCACCACCGCGCCCCAAAAACCCUGUCUUUGACGAUGAGGAGAAGUCCAAGCUUUUAGCCAAGUUGUUGAAAAGCAAAAACCCAGAUGACCUGCAAGAGGCCAACAAGCUCAUCAAGUCUAUGGUCAAGGAGGACGAGGCGCGGAUCCAGAAGGUGACCAAGCGCCUGCACACCUUGGAGGAGGUGAACAACAACGUCAAGCUGCUCCACGAGAUGCUGCUGCAUUACAGCAGAGAGGAGUCUUCAGAGGCCGACAAAGAGCUCAUGAAGGAGCUGUUUGAUCGCUGCGAGAGCAAGAGGCGGACGCUGUUCAAGCUGGCCAGCGAGACCGAGGACAACGACAGCAGUCUGGGCGACAUCCUGCAGGCCAGCGACAACCUCUCGCGGGUCAUCGGCUCUUACAAGGCCAUCGUGGACGGGCAGGUCGUCAACGGAGAGGUCCCCGCCUCAGCCGGGCCCGAGGCAGAAGGACCCCAGCACCCCGGCAGCCAGGGCGCGCUCAUCGACCUCGCGGAACUGGACACGCCCAGCCACUCCUCCCCGGGGCUGGCCCCCGCGCCCGCCCCCUCGGGCAUCCCUAUCCUGCCCCCGCCCCCCACCUCCGCGCCUCCGCGCAGCCGCUCGUCCAGCCAGACCGAGGCGCCCCCGGGCCCUGCCAGCACUGGCCUCUCCCUGCUGGAUGAAGAGCUGCUGUGCUUGGGCCUCACCGACCCGGCCCCCAGCGCUCCUCCCAGAGAGGCGGCUGCCAACAGCCAGUGGCCCCUGAUGCAGAACGAGCAGUCGGACCUGGACUUCUUCAGCCCUAAGCCCGGGACUGCUGCCCGUAGCCCCUCGGACAGGCCUCUCCUCCAGCCCGCGGCCCCCUCAGGCAACAGCCAAGCUCCACUGCCGCCCCCCUUCCCAGCACCUGCACUCCCCGCCGGCCUUCCUGCCCCCAGCGCUGGCGCCUACUUGUUCCCUACGGGACUGGCCCCGGCCCCCAAGGCUGACCCCACAGCCCCGGGAUGCCACGGCUCCCCUCUGGGCGACAGCAGCCCGCACCAGCUGGAUGCCCUGGACCAGCUCCUGGAAGAGGCCAAAGCGACGUCAGGCUUGGGGAAACCCAGCUCCUCCAGCUUCUUCCCUGGGGCCGCGCCCGUGAGGCCUCGCCUCCCCUUCUCCCCGGGGCCCGAGAGCCCGCUCUUCCAGCCACCCGCCUUCCAGUCCCACGGCAGCCCUGUCAAGGGGCCUGAGCUCUCCCUGGCCAGCGUCCACGUCCCCCUGGAAUCAAUCAAGCCUAGCAGUGCCCUUCCUGUGACAGCCUAUGAUAAAAACGGCUUCCGCAUCCUCUUCCACUUUGCCAAGGAGUGUCCACCCGGACGGCCUGAUGUGCUGGUGGUGGUGGUGUCCAUGCUGAACACGGCUCCCUUGCCCAUCAGGAGCAUCGUGCUACAGGCUGCAGUGCCCAAGUCCAUGAAAGUGAAGCUGCAGCCGCCCUCCGGGACAGAACUGUCUCCAUUUAGCCCCAUCCAGCCACCUGCAGCCAUCACCCAGGUCAUGCUGUUGGCCAAUCCCCUGAAGGAGAAGGCGAGGCUUCGGUAUAAACUGACCUUCACUCUGGGGGAGCAGCUGAGCACGGAGGUGGGCGAGGUGGACCAGUUCCCUCCUGUGGAGCAGUGGGGGAACCUAUGACCUAGAGGAUGCUGUCAUCUCCACUUGGCAGCCAGGACAGGCUGUCCUCAGCCAGAGGGUUCUGGGUCACUCUCCAUGUCCCGACUGCAGUGCUUACAGCUUUGAUGUGGAACAAGGGGCCCUGGGCUUUUCUGCUAAGAGUCAAACCGCUGCUGUGAGAAUCCUCCUUUGGCCCCUAAAAGGACCUGGUUUUCUCUACCUGUGUGACUUGAACUGGCCACGUACCAUCAGGGUGGGGAGUGGCCCCAGCACUACAGUCCCGGGAACAUGGACCCAAGGCUGGAGUCAUUUUUUGCCCUUAUGCUGGAACCCCCUGCCGCCACGAGAGGGGAGAGCGCGCUAAAGAGAGACGUGGGGCCUCUCACAAUCCAUGGGGCACUGCUUUGGAGGCCUCAGCCCCCGUCACGACGCUGCUUCCCCAGCUGGCAGGCUCUGGCUCCUACCUGCAGUGAGGUGGGCACAUGAACCGGUAGGUCCCGGGCAGCAGGAAGGAGUGGUGUGCUGCCGAACCUCCAACCUUGCCGUUCAUGGGCAGCGUCGUCCCGGACCAGCCACUGCAUGAGAAGUUGUGUGCUUGUCCCUGGCAGCGGUGGGCUGUGUCCUGUGGACAUCGCAGUAGGACAUGGGACUUGGCCUAUUAGAAACAGAACUUGGCCUCAUGGCAGCUAAACUGGGGAUAGGGAAAAAAGUGAAGAGAAUCAGUGUUUCCCUUCUCCCAAAGCAGGUAUUCAUCCAGAAGCAGGUACCUCCUGCCAUGGGAACAGGCCAUCCUACUCACUACCUCUUGCUUGGCAUGAAAUAAACUUGUGUCCUGCCCUGCCCUUCCAAGUGUCUGAAGGGGAGUGCAACUCCUGCCACCUCUGUAUGUACAGGCCCCACCCCCACUACUCCCACGGCCUGUGGUGUGGCACACCUACAGAGGGGCUAAGAGGCCUCUGUCAGGCACACCACGCUAACGUCCUUAUCCACUCCCCAGAAACUCCCGGCUGUCCCCACCGCUGAGCGGCACUGUGCGCGAGAUGUUGGGUCUGGGGGUGGUGACAUUGGGGGCUGUGCUUGAUGGAGUCACCAGACCCUAUUGCCUCAACAGUGUCAGCCCCAUAGCUUGUGCCAGCUGCUUGUUCCCUGGAUGCAACUGGGCCAGGGACUCCAGGCAAGAAGAUGCGCAGAGACUGAGGAGUGCAGCAAUCAUGUGCUCCGCCUCACAGGCGGAGAAGCACAGACCCUCACCCUCUGCUGGGAAGUGUGCAUCCAUCCUGCCAGGGUUCCCCACCAUUUCACCCGGCCCCAGGCCCCCCAUCUUUAGCAGGUCUCACUGCUUCACACGGACAGGUCAAAGUGGGUUGAUUUCACUCAUUAAGGAAUCAAUCUAAAAGCUUUCCACAGACUGACUGCUGCAGCCCUGGGAGGCCUGUGGGAUACUAGGUAGAAAUGUUCUUUAUAAUGGGACUUAGACAUUAAAAUUAUUUGAGUACAACUCAAACACUACUGAGGUCACUGCUUCAUGACAAACAGCUGUACUAGAUAUACCAACUGUGCUGCCCUUGUUUUGCUGCAUGUUCAAUAAAACCAUUUUGCCCCUACCUAGAAUCCUUCUGACAGGCACCAUUCACCCCAAUGGGGGAAGGUGCCAGCUAGAACUCCAAAAUACAGAGACUCCUAGGCCUCCUUUUUCAGAGAAAAUAGCCAGAAAGCAGGUUUCCAGAUGAUUCUAAGAUGAAGCCUGAUUUCAGGAGCACAGGUAAACCACUGAGGACUGAAGUAGUCAGUACCCUCCUGCCUAUAACUUCUGGCGGUGGACUUCUCUAAGGAAACAAGGGAACGAAGUCAGUUCCAUGUCACAGAACAUGAAGCAUUUUCUUAAUUUUUCUAUCUCUAAUUGCCUUAUAUUUGCAUAAGAAAACAUUUAUUCUUUUUAAAAAAAUUAUAUACAAAGAUACCAUGUUGGAGCAGCCCUCAGAACACCUCAGGAACCUUCCAGUGAGCCUUCUUUUAUAAUUGCCCGAGCAAGAUUGCGUGCCAGAGCAAGCCUCAGCAUUUCCACUUUGGUGGUUUCUAUGUCGUCGUCCUAAAAGAAAACGAGCAAGCGUGAGGCUUGGCAGGUUGCACUUGGUCUCUAAGGCUCCCGAAGGCUCUAGCUAACCCAAAGGUAGAGGCCACUUAACAUCAGGACUAGCUGCCAGGAAGGCUGCGAGCUGAUGAUGGUAUGCAAGGGACCGCUGUUACUCGUCAAGAGGAAAGAUAAAGAGAGAACAGGACACUAAUAUCCUCUCAUUUUCUCCAAAAAGAAGUCGGUGUGUCACAAUGACAGGUGAAGAGACAACUAACUGGUGCAUGAGUUUAUAAGGAGCCAGUUUCUGGAGAGAAGCCCAGAAGGGGAACAAUUUCUUUCUCUCUAUGGAAUCACCAACCCAGGAAAUAACCUGGAGUCGCUGGACAUCAGGUUCUCCACGCACUGGUCUUCCUGAGGUCAAGUCCUCCAGACACCGCAUCAGCUCAUAGGUUUGCUCUGCUGAGAAUAUCACCUGAGAGAGAGAGACUGGCUUAGCUGCGCCCAGCUAUGGCCUGCACUGGCGUGGACGCGGACAGCCAUAGCCUUCCUCUAGUGCCCUUUGCAUCUGCAACCCAGGAAGGUCAGGCAGAGAGCCCGAUUCUCAUUCCCAGCCCUUCUCAUCAGGGUCCUGGGCUGAAUGUUGUCUGCAGAGAACUACCUCUCUACCAGUGGUUUUUCUUCUGUGGA